AUGUCGACUAUGCCUGCGAGUCACGGCCACAACGAGGCCUGCUGCAACAUCCCUCCCGUGGUGACCACCGGAUACGAACCCAAGGGCUCGUACAAGGAGUACGACGGGCUGAAAACAUACGCAACCGGCCCUGCCGACGCCACCAAGGGAAUUAUUGUCAUCUACGACAUCUUUGGCUACUUCGACCAGACCGUCCAAGGCGCCGAUAUCCUCGCGACGAGCGAUUCCCAGAAGUACCAGGUGUUCAUCCCAGACUGGUUCAAAGGGGAGCCGUGCCCCAUUGAGUGGUACCCGCCCAACACUCCCGAGAAACAAAAGGACUUGGGUGCCUUCUUCGGCAAGAACCCUCCCACAGGUGUAGCCCAAGCCCUACCCGGCUUUGUCGACACCCUCAACGCCAAGCACCCCGAGAUCAAGUCGUGGGGUAUCCUUCGGGUCAAAAUCGUCUCCCUCGUCACAUCCAGCGCCUCAAACCCCUUCUCCGCCGCCGCCGAAUGCCACCCGGCGAUGGUAGACCCCAAGGAGGCCGAAUCCAUCAAGGUACCGCUGAUCCUGCUGGCGUCCGGGGAGGAGCCGGCCGACAAGGUACAACAGUUCGAGGCGAACCUGAAGGGUGCCGCUGCCAAGCACGUCGAGACGUUCCAGGACCAGAUCCACGGCUGGAUGGCGGCACGCGCCGACCUAUCUAAUGACCGCGUCAAAGAGGAGUAUGCCCGCGGGUACAAGACGGUGUUGGACUUCUUUGGGAAGAAUUGGUCGUGA